CACGGAUUUCCUCUCUCACACAUGACAUAUCUCGAUAAGCUUAAACGUUUGUUGUUUUUACUUCUUUUUCUUACAAUACCUCAAAAGGCAGAAGAUUUUUAACAUUUAUUUAAAACUGUUUUGUGUACCGUUUUGGCGAAGUUCCAGCGAAUGAAUUCCAAUCUAGGAUGAUGACCACAUCCUGCUGGACUUGUGGGCUAAGAGAAGCUCUGCUGGUGGAGGAAAAGCAGAGAAAAUUUAAGAGAACCUGAAAAGGAUGGGAAAGAGGGAGUGGAAGUGGUGCCUGGGUGUCUCCACAGCUGUGCUGUACGGCUCGCUGUCCCUGUUCGUCUCCAUUCUUCAUAAUGUCUUCUUGCUUUAUUAUGUGGACACAUUUGUGUCUGUCUACAAGAUCGACAAACUUUCUUUCUGGGUGGGCGAGACAGUGUUUUUGAUCUGGAAUAGUCUGAAUGACCCUCUCUUUGGCUGGCUAAGUGACCGUUCCUUCCUCAGCUCUUCUGAGGCUGGAUCUCAGAUCUUCUCUCCUGAAGUGGUGCUGAAACGGAUACAGUCUCUCUCCAGAAAUGGGCCACUGUUUGCUCUUUCUUUCCUGGCCUUCUGGGUGGCUUGGGCCAGCCCUGGUCUGCAGUUCCUCAUAUGCCUGUGUGUUUAUGAUGGAUUUCUCACACUGGUGGACCUUAACCACAAUGCUCUGCUGGCUGACCUGGCUGUAUCUGCGAACGAGCGCACACGCCUCAACUUCCACAGCUCUCUGUUCAGUGCACUGGGCUCACUUUCUGUCUUCUUGUCCUACAACUUCUGGGACAAGGAGGACUUUAUGUAUUUCAGGCUCUUCUGUGUAGUGCUUGCUGCCGUGUCGGUGCUGGGCUUUGCUGUGGUAUCGCGUCUUCUCCGCAACAGAUUCCAGAACAAGGUCCAGUCACACAAGGAUCGAGAGGAAUUGCUCAAAGAGUUGUGUGUUGGCCAAGCUCCUCUGACUCAGCCUGAGAAGCCCAUCACUCUUGGGGAGUAUCUCAAGCAGCUCUCACGCCAUAGAAAUUUUAUGUGGUUCGUUUCGAUGAACCUUGUACAGGUAUUUCACUGCCACUUCAACAACAACUUUUUCCCUCUAUUUCUGGAGCAUCUACUGUCAGAUAGGAUUUCUGCUUCCACCGGUUCCUUUCUGCUUGGCAUCUCUUACAUAGCGCCUCAUUUGAACAACCUUUAUUUUCUGACAUUGUGCCGAAGACUGGGCGUCUACCGGGUUGUCCACGGGCUCUUUCUUUUGAAACUGGGCCUUAGUAUAGCUAUGCUGCUUGCGGGAGCAGAUCAGGUGUACCUGCUGUGCUUAUUUAUUGCCAGUAAUAGGGUGUUUACAGAGGGGACCUGUAAGCUGUUAAACUUGGUAAUCAGUGACCUGGUUGAUGAGGACUUUGUGUUGAACCGACGACAGCAGGCAGCCUCUGCACUGCUGUUUGGCAUGGUUGCCCUGGUAACAAAGCCUGGCCAGACCUUCGCCCCCCUUAUUGGCACCUGGCUGCUGUGCGUGUACACAGGCUAUGACAUUUUUGAGAGGGAUCCUAUUAAAGACCAAGUUGCAGCUGUUGCCAUCUCUGGUGCAAAGAGCCCUUUGCCAUUGCGCCAAGGUUGCUUUUAUCUGCUGGUGUUUGUUCCCAUCUCUUGUGCCCUGCUACAGCUCCUGGCAUGGUCUCGCUUCACCCUUCAUGGUCGGAGAUUACAGGACAUUAAAACAUUGAGGCAGGGUGCCCAACACCUUGAUGACGUGAAGGCCAUCUGAUAGUUUUCUCUGACAGUAAUGACCCAGGAAAAAGACUUGGUGGAACCUGCCUUAUUUUCUUAUGAUGAUGAACGAUCUGCAUGUCUAUAUUUCUUUUUAUGUCUAUUUUUUUUCCUCUUCAUUUCUAUAUUUCUUUUAUUUAAUUUAUGAACUAGGGACCAAAUAUGAACUUCUAAACAAUCAUUGGUUUGGGACCAUAUGGAAGAGUGAUAUCUCUUCAUUUUAGGUGCACAGUGUAGUAUUAUAGUUGGGUAAUUAACUCCUAGACUGAACAGUGGUUUACCUACCAAGCUUUCUCAGUUUUUGUGGAGGAAUCAUAGACUGUUUAAAUUUUUUGUGUUUGUCUUUAUUAUUAUUUAGAGCAUGACUUGAGAGUUUAUAGCAGUUCAAACCAGUUGAUAUAAGUGAUCAAGGUUUACAUUCGUUUUGAUGGAGGUAAUUUAGUUAGUACUGUGAUUUCAUUUGUUGCUUUUUAUGUUUAAAUAGAAUUGUAUUUUUAUAUCAAACAUUUUACACUGAUUACCUUUAAAUAUAAUACAUUGGAAACGUAUUUUUCAAAGAUAUUCAUAUUUUUGGUGGUUAUGGCUGUUAUACAAGUACAAAAAUUUGUAAUAUUUGUGUAAAUUACAUUGCCAUUAUCCAACAUUUGCACAUAGAUUUGAGUGUUCUAGCAUUAGCUCUUUUAUACAAAUGUUAUUGCUUAAGAAAUAGUGAAAAGUCACUUUCCAGUACUGAAUGUACCAUAAUUUUGAGCAACUGGUAUUUUACUUUUCUGUUUAAAUUGAAGAAGAUAUUUUGUGACUCAGGAAUUUUAACAUUUACAAAACAUAUUGAAUUCAAAUAUGUUUUGCCAUCCUUAGUAGUGGCUCUACUAUGUUUUAAAUGUUUCAUAACAAAUAAACAUACUGGACUUAUUUAACGUUGAUACUGUUUAUAAAUAGGGGAAAGCAACUCACCAGGCACUUUAUGGUUUUACCACCACAAUAUUAAAAUUGAACAAGAUUGUUUUUUUAUUAAUUACACAAGUAAAUACACAUUUGGGCUGUAUAUGUAUACUAUAUGUGUACAUACAUGAAUAUAGACUGAUUGAGAUGGAUUUAUUAAGGCUUUUAUUUAUUGGCUCUCUGCAAGAAAGGAGUACAAAUUUCUGUUUGUAUAUAAUCAUUUUCGAAUCUGUCAUUCGGAAUAGAAAACCGUAUUGUGCAGUUCAACAAAUCAAUGUUUGCUGUGAUU